AUGCGCCGCCACAGUUGGUGCGAGCCGGGUCUCCGCUGCUUCCGCCGCCCCGCUCACAAACUCCAGGGCCGGCCGGGGCUACGCCGCGCCCCGCCGCCGCACAGCCCCGGUUGCCGAGCCGGGUCUCCUCCGCCCGCCCUGCCGCUUCCGCCGCCACAAAUUCGCGACUCACUGAGGGAGUCCUUGUUGGUGAAGCUCGGCCAGCUUCAGUGCCACUUCACGUGGGGCCCACAGAUGGACGACAGUGACCUGGACGACGUGAAGCAGAGGUUGCAGGAUUCGAUUAUCAUCGGCGGGAAGCACCAAGGCGUGCCGCACAACCACUUGGCUUACAUCAACUACCUGCAGGGCAACUGCGAAGAAGCUCUCCGUGACUUAGAGGAGGCGGAGAGACGUCUGAGGGAGAUCCACGGGGAUGGAUUUGAGAGGAGGAGCAUCGUCACCCAUUGCAACCGGGCCUGGUUGCAUUACCACCUGGGGCAACUCAACGAGGCCCAGUCCUACCUCGACACGCUGGAGGUGAUCUGUGGCCCCCUCACACAGGGCCCGCACGUCAUGGCAAUGGUGCCCCAGGUGUGGGGGGAGAAGGGGUGGUCUUUGCUGAGCUCCCACUCUCAGUGCUACGAGGAGGCGAAGGAAUGUUUCACCAGGGCUCUGGAGGAAGAUCCCGACAACACGGAGUGGAACAUGAGCUACGCCACCGCUCUGUACCGUCUGGAAUUGUUUUCCGGGAUCCUGAAAAACCCCGAAGUGAGUCAGUCGGUGAGACAGCUGAGACGGGUGCUGGAGCUCGAUCCGGGUGAAUCUGUGGCCAGGGUGAUGCUGGCCCUCAGGCUCCAAGAGUUCCAGCAAAAGGCAGAAGCGAAUGAAUUGGUUGAUGAAGCGUUGCGGACAAGCCCAGAUUCUCCAUUUAUGCUCCACUAUGCAGCAAAGUUUUACAGAAUACAGCACGAUGCUGAUAAAGCGAUAGAGCUGUUGAAGAAAGCCUUAGAAUUCACUCCGCGCUCUUCCUUCUUGCACCAUCAAAUAGGUAUCUGUUACAGGGAAAAGCUAAUGGCUCUGCGUAAAAAUCAAGGCAUUGGAGGCCCUGGCGUGGAGGCUGAGUUGAUCGGCCAUUGCAAGCACCAUUUUGGAACGGCAUUUGAACUGAAGCCAUCGUUUAUUCUUGCACAGCUGGAUUUUGCUGGGAUCUGCUUAAUGAAUGGUGAAUCAGACAGGGCGGUGAAGAUAUACAACGACCUCCGGAGUUUAGAGGAUGUUACUCCAGAUAAUAAGCAGGCAAUAGAGUUACAGCUUGGAUUAUAUGAACUGUAUCACACCAAUUCUGAAUCAAACGCCAUCCACCAUUUUAUGGAAGGCCUUAAAAUCCAGCGCGGCACGAAACAAUGGAAAAUUUGUUACACUAAGUUGGAGCAGAUUGCAAGAAGGCAAAUUAACAGGAACCCGGACAACAGCAGAGCCUGGGGUAUCCUGGGGUUUCUUCACCGAGAAGCCGGGGAGAAUUCUGAAGCUGUUGAAUGCUAUGAAAAGGCCUUGCGGUGGGAUCGUGGCAACGAAGAAUAUCUCAGCGCUCUUCGUGAAUUGCGCCCUUCUACUUAGGCUGGAGAUACCAGGACCAGGAGGUAAGGGCGAGAAAGGUCUCUGUGUAAAAAAAACAUGCCCCGCACAUCUCCUGUAGCUAAUACCCUCUAGUCCAGGAACCUCCUCUGCACCUUUUCCAAAGCCUCCACAUCCUUACAGCAAUGGGGCGCCCUUAACUACAUGUGAUACUCCAAAUGAUCUCCAAAUUACCAAAGUCCAAUAAAGCUGCAUCGUGACUCUAUGACAUACUCAAUACAUGGACCUAUGAAGGCAAGCAUAGUAUACGGUGACGGACACAAAAAACUGGAGUAAUUCAGCGGGUCAGGCAGCAUCUCUAGAGAAAAGGAAUAGGUGACAUUUCAGGUCCAAGACCCUUCUUCAGACCCCAAACGUCACCUAUUCCUUCUCUCCAGAGAUGCUGCCUGAUCCGCUGAGUCACCCCAGCUUUUUGUGUCUAUCCUCGGUGUAAACCAGCAUCUGCACUUUCCUUCCUCAUCUUACCGUACGCCUUCUUCACCACUCGAUCUACUUGUGCGGCCACUUUCAGGGCGUUGUGGAGUUGGAUGCCAUGGUUAUUACAGAGUCUGACCAAGCUUGUGUGCGGUGCCUUAAUGGAGACACUUGAAUUGACAUUUUGUUGAUGAUCUUCUGCAGGUUUGGUGCCCGUUUCUCUGACUGAUCUACAGUGAUCCCAUCUCUCAGCAAACCUUCACAUUCAACCAGAGGUGGAUCAGAGCUGCGUUGUGGAAGAUGUGACGCCAUUUCACGUGCGUCCGAUGCGAUGGUCAGAAUAGAGGCACCAGCAGUGAUUUCCCAGCCCGUUACUCAAUGGUCACAAGUUCACCUGGACGUUAAU